AUGGCGUUCAUUCACACUCGCAUCUCGUCUGCACUGGUGCUGAUGAGCCUUCUGGCCCUCAUCUCCAUGCUUGCGUUUGCCACUACCGUGGAGGCGGCGCGCGAUCCUGCACUGACGCACGAGGAGAACAUCAAGCUGGCCCUGCGCGAUUGGGAGCGUGGCCUGAGCGGCAAGCCCAUCAACUGCCGUCGCUUCGUCGAUCUCUUCAUCGAUGACGGCGUGUGGUCGUCUCCCGCCGGCGCUCGCAACAAGUCCGCCGUAGAAACCAAACCGCACGUGAUCAAGGGCCAGCGCCCGAUGUACAACCACUGCGAGAGGGAUCGCUUCUUCUCGGGCUUCGACCAGGUGGAGGCCUUCGUGUCGGGGCCGACCACGAUCUCGGGCUUCACCGUGGCCUUCCCGCGCACCAUCCUGCUCAUCGUGAAGGACGUGUCGUGCCGCAUGACCUGGCAGGGCAUCGCCGUGAUCGACUACGACGAGGAGUACCGCAUCAAGAGGUGGCAGGACUUCUGGAACGAGGACGAGUUCGAGCGGCAGUGGAAGGGCUGCCAGUGGCCGGCCGACAUCCUCCUCGACACCACCUCCACCACGCCAACUGCCACCAAGGCCGCCGGCAAGGAGGAGCUCUAA